AUGUCAAAGGCUUCGGGCUCGGAGGACGAGCCGUUGGUGCCAGACGACUUUGAUGAUGACUUCUUCAGGGAGCUCAGCGAGAAGAUACCCGAGGCAACCAAGGCGUUGCGGCAAAAGGAUACUCCCAACAAUGCGGACAAUGUUCAGCGUCUGCUCAUCUGUGGCACACGCUACAAGAAUGAUCUGCGCAUGGAGGAGGGUCGCACGCAGGAGCUGCGCGAGCAAAUAGCUGCGCUCGAGGAGCGUCUGGAAAAUGCGGCGAACAUAAGCAAAUUGGAUAUGGCCACCAUUGAGCAGCUGCGUGGUGUUAUAGAGGGCGCCUGGAAGCAGAAGGAUGCGUCACAGAUACGCGAGCAGUCGGCACAGGACGAGGUGUUAAGUCUGCGCCAGAAACUGGAUGCUGCCGAGCAGAUGGUCAUGCACCUCAACGAAAAGGGUCGCGCCAAGAGCAACAAGCGGGAUGACAGCAAAGAAUGUGAACGACUCAAUGAUGAAAUUAAGGAGCUAAACAAGCGCCUUCAGCUGCAACGCGCUUACGCGGCGGAGGUGGAGGCCACCAUACAGGCGCUGGAGGGCAAAAACAAGGAUAUACUCAAGCUGCUGGAUGAAACCUCCAGCGAUGCGUGCAAUUUGAAGCGUAAGAGUGAUGCUCUGUCCAAGGAGCUGGCUGCCAUGAAAAGCGAGGAGACCAAAUAUCUGGAGCAGAUAGCACACAUCAAGACGACCAAUGAGCAUCUGACCAAGGUCAAGGUGCGUCAGAAUCUGCAAAUACUCUCGCUGAAGACGAACAUGGAGCAUCUGAAUACGUUGCACAACAGCACCUGCAAUAAGCUGGCCAAGAUUACGGUGGAUCUGGAGUAUACGGUGCAGGAGCGGGACAAGAACAAACGUGCCUUAAAUCAGCGCAUUAAUCUACUUAAGGUGCGCGAGGAUGAGCUCAUCAAGCUGCGCCAAGACAACGCCAAGCUGGCCAAAUCACAGGAGACCAUCGCACGCAAAUACGGCGGUCUGGAGAUGUCCAAGCAGGAGGUGGAGCAGGAGAAUAUGCGGCUCAAAACCCAGCUGGGCACCCAAGACAAGGAGCUGGAGUCCAUGCGUCGUGUGGUGCAUCACUUCGAGAAGAACAAUGAGAAUCUAAUCAAGGAACGCGAUGUGCUCAAGCGAGAUCUGCAGGGCGAGCAUCAGAGCGCUGAGAAAAACGCCGCCCUAUAUCAGGAGUCCCAGCACGAGGUGCGCGCGCUCAAGGACAUCAUCAGCAGCAUGGACUUGAAGCAGAAAAAACUGCAGGAGGACUUGAAGAAGCAGAAAAAGGAAAAUGCCAAAAAGCUGGACGAGAUUCAGCAGUGGGUUGAUAAAGUCGAUCUGCUGCAAAAUGAAAUUCACCUGAAGGAGAAUCAAGAGAUCGAGCUGAAGCGCACGAUUAGCGAUCUGGAAACCAAGUGCUCCAAGUUCCAGCAACAACACGAUCUUAUGUCCAGCGAGCGGCAGGGUCUGCAGCGUUCGCUGCAAGCCGCGGACGAGGAACGGCAAAAGCUGCGGGAUCAGUUAAAUAAUCUGCAGUCACAGAUCGAGACGCUCAAGGGCAAGAUUAGCUAUCGGGAUGGGGAGCUGAGCAAGCAGCAGCUGCAAAUUGAUCGCAUGGAGAAGGAGCGUCGCCUGCUGCGCAACGAUGUGCGGCAUGCGCAGCUGGGUCAGCAGCACACCAAGGCGGAGCUGCUGGACAAGCGCAAGGAGAACGAUCGUCAUGCCAAAUCGCUGCAGGAGGACGAGCAGCGUUUGGCACGCCUGCGCAAGGAUGUCGACAAUCUGAUGAACGAGAAGAACUCGAUUAGUGCGGCGCUGACCAGGCGCAACGAGGAGUACUCCAAACUGCAGCACAAUUUGGAGAAUCUGCAGACCGCCCACGAUCAGACGGAGCGCCAGUUUCUCCAGUGCCAGGACGAUAUGCGUCUAAUGGGCGUUGAGAUUAAAAACUUGCGCACGGAACGCAAUGUGCUGCGCGCCGAUCGCGAAAGUGCCGCCGAUCUGCGGCAGGAGCUGCUGCAAAUGCAUCGCCUGCUGAACCAGGAGCGCAUCAAGGCGCGCGCCUUGCAGGACGAAAUGAUGACGCCCAUGAAUGUGCAUCGCUGGCGUCUGUUGGGCGGCAAGGAUCCGGAAAAAAUGGAUUUGCUCGAACGCAUACACAUCCUGCGCAAACAGCUGCUCAGCCAGAACGUGGCUGCCCUGGAGCAGGAACGGGCGCUGUCCGAGGCGCAACAGCUCUAUGCCGCACUCAAGGAGUUCAUGCUCAAGCUGCCCAGUCACAAGGUGCAGGCGGAGCUCAAUACUGUCAAGGCCUGCCUAUCCGCCAAGGAUCGAAAGCUGAAGGUGCUCAUGGCCGAGCUGAGUGCCCGGGAGGCUGGCGAGAAAUGCAACGCACAGCAGCUGGUUGAGCUGCGCGGCAGCCUGGCGCAGACCAAGACGCAGCUGCUGGAGGAGAAGCGACGCAAACAGAAGCUGCUGGAGGAGCGUCAACUAUGGGAGCAGAUGCAGGCGCAUUGCUACUCGGCACCGGCGCAGCUGCCACGCACCCUGGGCGCCGGCUUUAAGGUGAUCAGCACGCUGCUCUAGAGGAUUGGCUAA